GGGAUAUGUUCACGACGUCCAUGGUUCAAAAUUGCGGGAUCGAAACAACAAUUUGACGGUUUGUGUUGGGGAAAGAAGGAAAGAGUAUUAUUAGCAAUGUGGCAAUAUCUAAAAAUAGACCAAUGGAUGGGAAACCUACCCGAUAAUAACCCUGGAACAAUUGGUAGUGAGAAAAAGAGUGGAGGAAAAACUGGCA